AUGGCAAUUCUUCAACCCAAAAUUCCAUUGUGUCUUCACUCCCAGCAUUUCCAUUUCCCUCUGGAUCACUCUCCUACUGCAGCACCUUUUCAUUGCACCCCCUUCAAAUCAGCAAGAAAACCACUCAAGCUCACUUGCUCAUCCAACAGCCAAGAUGAUUAUCUGAUAGAUGCUCCUGUUUCUGCUGGAGAUGGAUUUUCGUUCACUGGAGGGAAAUAUUCAGAUGGGCCUAGCCCGUCUGAUGAAUGGUUUAAGCUAGGAAAGACUGUGAAAGCUCAUCCUGUUUCUGGCUCUGGAGACAAGGCAAAAGAUCCUAUAUUUGGACUUAAAAUGGGUUCUGGUUCUCAGGCCUCAAAUGAUCUUUUCAGAUGGUUUUGCGUCGAAAGUGGAAAUGCUGAUAAUCCUACUGUUAUAUUAAUUCAUGGUUUCCCUUCACAGGCAUAUUCAUACCGCAAAGUUCUUCCCACACUGUCCAAAAACUAUCAUGCCAUUGCUUUUGAUUGGGUAGGAUUUGGAUUUUCAGAUAAGCCUCAACCCAGAUAUGGAUUUGACUACACUAUGGAUGAAUAUGUGGCAUCCUUGGAGUCCUUAAUCAGUGAAAUUGCCACUGAGAAGGUAUCACUUGUUGUGCAGGGCUACUUUUCGCCAAUUGCUGUUAAAUAUGCUAGCAAUCAUCAGGGAACGCUUAAUGAUCUAAUACUCCUCAAUCCCCCACUAACUGCAACACAUGCCAAUCUUCCAUCAGCCUUGUCCAUAUUCAGCAACUUCUUGCUGGGUGAAAUCUUUUGUCAGGAUCCUUUAAGGGCCAGUGACAAAACCUUGACCAGCUCUGGACCCUAUAAAAUGAAAGAAGAUGAUGCAAUGGUGUAUAGAAGACCUUAUCUCACAUCUGGGUCUUCAGGGUUUGCAUUGAAUGCGAUUAGUAAGGCCAUGAAGAAGGACCUAAAGGCCUAUGUGGACGAAACAAGGAAAACACUCUUGGACGAAAAUUGGAAAGUUAAAACCACAGUGUGUUGGGGCCUGAGAGAUCGUUGGUUGAGCUAUGAUGGAGUUGAAGACUUCUUGAACAAUUCCAAACAUAAACUAAUUGAGCUUCCAAUGGUAGAAACUCUCCUCUUCUCUGCAAAAGCUCAAAAUUUAUUCUCUUUGGAGAGGAAGCAGCAGCAUAUUUGUUACCACUGA